CCAUUGUGCAGAGGGCGCAGCGCUCAUGCAAAGCAAAGGGAUGAGAUCAGACUUCGACCUUAUGUGUUUUUAAAGUCCUUCGUAAGAUCGGUUGGAGUUAUCGUGUUUGACUUUGGUAAUCAACACACCUCACUCAGUGGUUGCUCGUCUUAUCGCGUUACUUCCUAACUUCAUACCGGCGCGGACAGCGUAAAGCCGGGGUCUAUAAAUAGGUAGCAGACAGUUGUCAUUGUUAUUCCGUGGUAACUCGUCCGCGAAUCCUGCAGAGGCGCUAGUGCUCCUGGGCGUGUGGCCGUGAAAUGUAGGCUGGCGCGAGCGGUCAGUAAGGCUUCGAUGUGCGGGCCGGGCGCGGUCGCCGGCACGGGCGCGGGCGUGUCCGCGGCGGAAGGGGCGCGGCGCCGGUGGGCGGUCGGGGUGGCGCGGUGGCUGUUGCCCGUCCUGCUGGCGGCGUGCAGCGUCGUCCCGGCGGCGGCGGCGGCGCCGCAAGUCCCGGAGGUAAUCAGCGCGGAAUGGAUAAAGAGAUACCUCAGCGAAGUGUAUGAGCCCGAGGCCGUCAGGCAGUGCAACAAAUUCAAAACGGCCCAGUGGACGUACGAGACGAACAUCACGAAGGAGAACGAUGUUGCAUAUCAAAAUGCCAAGCUGGAAUACGCUGCCUUUGCGAAGAACCAAUGGGAUAAUUACUUCAGUCGAGUCAACAGCUCUGACUUAGAUGAGGAGCUCAUGAACCGGCUUGGAUAUUUGAGAAAUUUGGUCGAUCCACUAGAAACGGAUGAUGCUAAAGAGCUCACUGCUACCAUAACAAACAUGUCAAAUACUUUUUCAACUGCAAAGAUUUGUCCCUAUCAGAGAGACACCUGUGAAGGAGAGGAAAUGCUUAAUCUUGAUCCUAGUUUGGAAGAAAUUAUGGCUUCAUCUAGGAAUUAUAACGAGCUCCUCUACGUUUGGAAAGCUUGGCAGAAUGCUUCAGGGAAACAAAUACGCGAUACGUACAAGAAAUAUGUAAUAUUGAAGAACAAAGAAGCUAGGCUAAUGGGUGCUGCUGACUAUGGUGAAGUUUGGAGGAUCCCUUACAAUUCCGAUAAUUUUCAGGAUGAACUGAGGAAACUAUGGGAGUCCAUAGAACCCCUUUAUGUGGAGUUACACAAGUAUGUACGCACAAAACUCAAAUUGCACUACGGAGACCAAAUGGAUAUAUCAGAUGACUUGCUUCCUGCACAUGUGCUUGGAGAUAUGCAUGCAUCGACUUGGAUUAAAAUAUUUGAUCUCGUGAAGCCGUUUCCGGAGGGUAGUGAUAUUAAUAUAACUCAAAGUUUAAUCGAUCAGGAAUAUGACGUCCUUCAAAUGUUCAAGACAGCGAAUGAUUUCUACAUGUCGUUGGGAUUAGAGAACUGUUCUAUGUCGUAUGACGAUGAUGCAAUGAUAGUUCGACCGGAAGGCAGAGAAGUUGUCUGUCACCCCUCUGCGUGGGACUUCUGCGACGGAAGAGACUUCAGGAUUAAAAUGUGCACAAAAAUAAAUAUGGAAGAUUUCCUAGCAAUUCAUCACGAAAUGGGUCAUAUUCAAUACUACAUACAAGUUAAAGAUUUACGUGAAGAGUUUCGGAAUUCUGCAAAUCCAGGAUUUCAUGAGGCAAUGGGAGACGUAAUUUCUUUGUCAGUGACAUCUGCAAAACAUUUAAAAAAAUUAGGUUUGCUUACAAAUGACUACGAGGAUACCUAUGAAAAUGACAUAAAUUUUCUGAUGAAAACAGCAUUGGACAAGGUGCCUAGCUUACCUUUCGCUCUCGUCGUAGACUAUUGGCGUUGGAAUGUUUUCUCCGGCUUAUCCAGUGAUCAUUGGAAUAAGGAAUGGUGGCAAUUAAGAGAGCAGAUUCAGCGCAUAAAACCUCCUGUUUCGAGAACUGAGGAUGAUUUUGAUCCGGGAGCGUUGUAUCAUGUAGCAGACGAUGGAGAAUACAUGGCAUAUUUCAUCGCAAAUAUAUUAGAAUUUCAAUUUCAUAAAUCUUUGUGUGAAGCUGCGGGGCAGUAUGAGCCCAAAGAUUACAAAUUGAAUCCUCUUUACAAAUGCGAUAUCUUCCACUCGAAGGCAGCUGGUGAUCGUCUUAGGAAAGGAAUGAUGAUGGGUUCAUCGACUGACUGGCGAGACGUCCUUGAAGUCAUCACUGGGCAACGAGAAUAUUCAGUAGAUGCAAUUUUAGAGUACUUCAGGCCUCUUCAUGAAUUUUUGGUUACCGAAAAUGCCUGUGAGAGUGGUAGUAGAAGGAACGAGUUGCAAUCAGAAGAUUAG